GCGUCAGAAGAGCCACUGGGAUGCAGCAUCAGCAUCACUAUGACCAAAGGCAAGGAGAAGUAAAGCCCUCACCCCCGCCGAGGACGCAGCAGUGGCCGGGAGCUUGAUGGUGUAGAUGAGACGGAGUCCACUUGUUCCUGCUUCCGUUUUGUUUUUCUUCUGCGGACAAUUUUCAAAGGUGGCAAAACAGCAAAUUGUUCGUUAGUUCCAGGAUCCUCUCCGAAGGAACCAUGGAUUACUCCGGUGGACAAACUCUGAUUAAAGUAUUUCUGUACAUACUAAUGGUUUCCAGUGCCAGUCACACCCUGUUGGACCGAAGCCCUGAGACCUUCCCCGCAGACUCACAUGAAGAUAGUGAAUACAUGUACUGUGAUUAUGAGUCGCCAUGCUCCUGGUCCUUGUCCAAUCACAGCGGCAGCAGCGACUGGCAGGUCGUGUCACCUCAGCAGAGUCACCUGGGACGACGCGGUUUACGUCCGGUCACAGAUCACUCUGUCGGCAAUGCUGGUGGCCACUACCUAGUUUUGGGGCCCAGCUCGUCAGCCGUGGCCUCUGGGAGCUGCGAGUUCCACGCCACCAGUCCAGUGCUAAUGGGCAGCGGGCCGCUGUGCCACCUACGGGUUGCCCGCUUCCACCCGCCCCCUUCCGGGGGCAAUCUGUCCGUGCUAAUAAGACGAGCCGACUCCCCCGCGAUCCUUAAAACACUCGCCCUCAGCACCACAGGCAGAGGAAGCAGCAGGGCCUACUGGGAGGAGCUGGAAGCUGCCAUUGGGCUGGUUGACGAGCCCUUUCAGGUGACGCUGCUUUACUCGGGGUGUCUGAAGGACAAUGGGGCGCUGCUGGCCAUAGACUCUUUGGAACUGCCAGGCUGUGAAGACGACCAUGGCCUAGACAGUGACUGUGAUGAGUCGAUGACCUUACACUGUAACUUUGGAGGCUGUAUAGACAAAAGCCGUGUGUGUGACUUCCAUACGGACUGUCCGCUGGGGGAGGAUGAGGGCUUCAUAUGUGACUCUUUGCCUUUUGGGGCUCACUGCUCAUUCGAGUCGGGCCCUUGCGGAUGGUCAGUGUCCGAGCGUCCAUCCUCCUGGGUGCUGAGCAGUGGGGAGGAGCUGGGGAACCGCAGAGGCCUGCUAGGAACCACACUGCAGCUCACUCAAGGUCACUUCCUGUAUUUGAGGGUCAGGAGCAGUCGCCUAUCUGGAGAGGCUGUGAUGCAGAGUCCGAGUCUUCCUCAGACCGUCUCUGCAAGAGACUGUCAGUUGCGUUUCUCUGUCUAUCUCUACGGGGAUUUCAAUGGCACCGUGAUGAUCUCACUGGAGUCCAACGGCACCACAAUGUCCCUUCUGGUGUUUGAAAGGUCAGGUCUUUGGAAGGACAACUGGCAAGAGGUCACGCUGCCCAUUUCUCGCAUCCUCAAUGGGUUCCACAUCAAAGUGAGAGCGCUGUGGGGGCCUGCCUCUUAUGCUGAGAUCGCCUUGGAUGAUAUCACCCUGGGAGCAGCAUGUUUUAAAUCAGAUCUAAGCUCCUUGCUCUUGCAUGGCGAUGGGUUUCUGCAUGGAUUGGACUCACUGAGUGAUGUGGACUACUUCAGCCCUCUUCCUGAGCCGUCUUCAUCAGAGGUGUCUCUGAUGACCUGGUGGUUCACCUCCUGCGGGGCCAGUGGGCCUCGAGGCCCCACUCAGGCCCAGUGUGACAACGCGUACCGCAACACCAACGUCAGCGUGACCGUCAUCAAGGAGGGGUCCCUCAAGGGCGUGCAGAAGUGGCGAGUGCCCGCCACCAACAGAUACAAGAUAUCCGCGUACGGUGCAGCAGGGGGCAAAGGGGCCAAGAACCACAACAAGCGCUCCCACGGGGUCCUCAUCAGUGCCAUCUUUCCCCUGGAGAAGGGGGACAUGUUGUACAUCCUGGUGGGGCACCAGGGAGAGGAUGCAUGCCCAGGGAGAAACCCUCUGACCGAGAAGAUGUGUCUGGGCGAGUCGUCUGUGAUCGAGGACAGCUUUGUCAAAGAAGGGAAGGACUCGGAGUGGCGCGGAGGAGGAGGGGGUGGAGGUGGCGCCACAUACAUUUUCAAAAUGGUGAAUGGGGAGCUGAUGGCGCUGCUGAUUGCGGCCGGCGGGGGAGGCAAAGCUUACCUGGAGGACCCGGAGAGCAGCCUGGACCAGCUCCAACUGGAGCAGUAUGAGAACGACACGUCCGCCCCGUGUCAUAACGGCAGGACGGGCGCAGCAGGGGGUGGAGGUGGUUGGAGGGACAGCACCACACAGCUGUGGGCAGGGAAGUCGCUGGUGGAGGGAGCGGAGGGCGGCUCGUCCUGCCCGAGGGCCCUGUCCAGGCUGAGCUGGGACACCUUCGGAGGGUUUGGCGGUGGAGGAGGGGCCUGCACUGCUGGUGGAGGUGGAGGUGGAUACAGAGGUGGGGAUUCGGCACUUUUCGAUAACAUCACAGCAGAUGGACAAGAUGGUGUCUCUUAUGUUCACCACUCUGGAGAGAUAUUUCUGCAGCCAUUGGCAGUGAUGGAGAGUCACGGUGAGGCGGAGAUUGAGGUGCACCUGAACUGCAGCCACUGCCAAACGCAGAGCUGCAAGCGGGAUGACAACACCCGGCUCAUCAACUGCCUGUGCCACAACGAGGAGGUGCUGGCCCCAGACAACGUCUCCUGCAUAGAGUUUGACCCGUGUCCCCCAGAGGCUGGCCACCUGCCGCUGUCGCUGAUCCUGGCCGUGGUGGCAUCCACCGUGGUGACGGGCAUCGUGCUCACCUGUGCCAGCCUCACCUUCAUCUACUACCGGAAGAAGAACCACCUGCACGCGGUCAGGGUACGACUCCAGAGCCCGGAGUACAAGCUGAGUAAAAUCCGCUCGUCCACCAUCAUGACCGACUACAACCCGAACUACUGCUUCGCCGGCAAAGCCGCCUCGCUCAGCGACCUCAAGGAGGUGCCACGCAAGAACAUCUCCUUGCUGAGGGCUCUUGGUCAUGGUGCCUUUGGAGAGGUGUAUGAAGGCCAGGUCCUUGGCAUGAAUGGGGAGAACUCAGCCAUGCAGGUGGCCAUCAAGACUCUUCCAGAAAUUUGCUCUGAACAAGAUGAGAUGGAUUUCCUGAUGGAAGCCCUGAUAAUGAGUAAGUUUAGCCAUCAGAACAUAGUGCGCUGCAUUGGAGUGAGUCUGCAGAUUCUACCUCGCUUCAUCCUGCUGGAGCUCAUGACUGGAGGAGACAUGAAGAGCUUCCUUAGACAAAACCGACCCAAAGCAAACCAGACUUCCUCCCUGACCAUGCUUGAGCUUCUACACAUGGCCAGAGACAUUGCCCUUGGCUGCCGAUAUCUGGAGGAGAACCACUUCAUCCACAGAGAUAUUGCUGCUCGAAACUGUCUUCUGACAUGUACGGGUCAGGAAAGAGUGGCCAAGAUUGGGGACUUUGGAAUGGCCCGUGAUAUAUACAGGGCAAGCUACUAUCGCAAAGGUGGCCGUGCCAUGCUGCCGGUAAAGUGGAUGCCACCUGAAGCUUUUCUGGAGGGCAUUUUCACCUGUAAAACAGACACAUGGUCUUUUGGGGUACUGCUGUGGGAAAUUUUCUCUCUGGGCUACAUGCCCUACCCAUGUAAAACCAAUCAGGAAGUACUGGAGUUUGUCACCAGUGGAGGCAGGAUGGACCCACCUAAGAGUUGUCCAGGGCCCGUCUACCGGAUCAUGACCCAGUGUUGGCAGCACUGCCCUGAACACCGGCCAAACUUCUCCACCAUCUUGGAGAGGAUCAACUAUUGCACUCAGGACCCCGAUGUCAUCAACACACCUCUGCCAGUGGAGUACGGGCCGACCAUGGAGGACGAAGGAAGCACUGUGAUUCGCCCGGAAGGUUCCGGAAGCAUGAGCCCUCUGUUGGUGUCCCAUUCCCUGUCCCAGGACGCCUCUCUGCCUCCGGCAAGUGUCACCCUGGGCGGGGUCAUCAGCCCACUCCCACAGAUCCACAAGCCCCGGCUCCUUCUCCAGAGGCCCCAGCCACUGCCCCAGGAGGCGGCCGCAUCGUACCGCGACGCCCUGGAGCCAUCCUGGGCCGAGCCAGUGCCGCCUCUGGCCAUCUGCUCCGGCUCCUGGCUCCAGGUUCCGGUCACCGCUGCUGCUGCCGCUGCGGCCACCGAGUUCCCCCACCACCGACCCUGCUCACGGAGCAGCUCCUCGUCUGGCAGCCAGAAGCUGAAGAACAAGACCAAGAACCUGUGGAACCCCACCUACGGCUCCUGGGUGCUGGAGAGCAUCGGCCGGGCCAAGACGGCGCUGUCACACACGCAGUCUGUGCCGCUGUCCUGCUCCGCCGCAGCCUGCUCUGUCCCGACCGGCGCACCCUUGUCUACCUCAGAGCGGAACGAUCCAGAAUCGGCGGGCGGGGGCGGUGGUGGCCAAGCCUCCGGGGGCCUGGUGCCUGCUGCAACAGUGUUGCCUGCCCCUUGCCAGACCUCCACGGGCCCCCAAGGGCUGAACUCAGGCCUGUCCUUGCGGAAGAGCCCGCUGGGAGUUGCAGCUGGUGGGGGAGGAGGUGGAGCGUCUGGGGUCCCGCCAGCCAGCGCCAUGGACCUGGCCAAGCUCCAGACCUUCCCCUGCGGGAACGUCAACUACGCCUACGACGAGCAGAGCUACGAGGCCGAGAGCCUGCCUCUGGUGGUGCCCAAGGCCGUAGAGCCCAGCAGGGCGGCGGCCGCCGCUGUCCACAGCUCCUCACCGGGCCUCUCCCUGGCAGGCCUGGCUCUGGCGCUGCCCUCCACCUCCGGACACAAGCCCCUGGUGAAGCGGCACGCCAGCUACGGGCACGAGGACAUCAAGCGGCACGCCAAGGCCGAGAAGCCCACCCGGGACAGGGACUCGGGCUUCUCCCUGUCAGAGGACCUGAGCGUCACGCCCGUCUAGUAGGGGUCGCGGGUUUCCUCACUCAGGUGACCACACACAAGGCCGCCAUCACUGGAGUGAUACGUCACAACGCAAGCACUGGAAUUACAUUUUACACACUGGAACACCAAUACACUGGAAUAGACUCUUCAGUGUGCCAUAAUUGGCCUGCUGAAGAAAUCACAUGCUUGUCAUUUUUAAAAAAAAUCUAUAGAUAAAUAUAUAUAUUCGAAAUGAAGCCUUUUUGUACACAUAGUAAUGUUUCUUAAGUAGCCUUGGUACUAACGAAAAGGGUAGUAGGUGCACCCAGGAGCUUCUAAAUAUUUACUCACCUAUGAAGACCCAGGGAAUGGACAGACAGAAGAUGCUGUAAGACUGACACAAACACUAGAUUCUAAACAGAUAAUAUAAGAAAGAUCUGAGUUUAGAGUUAAAAUAGGAGGUCAGAGAUUUUUUUUUAUUUGAGGAUGUUGAGGAGUCUCAUGAUCAAUACUGUGAAAAACACUUGCUAAGGUUCAACCAGCUAUGCAUUCUAGUUCUGGUUUCAUCAUUCCAGCUCUGCACUCCAGGAAUGAUGGCUGUGUAGCACUCUAGAUUCUACUGAUAACAGUUGAUUUGUACUUCUGAAGAUCCUAUACUCAUGUGAUCGUCUGAUGGUACUUUUAGGCUUUGGAUUUAACGGCAGAAUGUUUUAGGGAGUUGGUACAAUAUUAUGUGUCUGAAUUUGUUUUUGUUUUUCACAAUACAGGUAUAUACUUAUAUUUUAGAAUCUAUUUGUUUCUGUGUGGAAAGGUUUUAGUAAAGCAACUGAGGGUUAAUGGCUGCUUAGAUUUUACACAGAGAAUGGAUUCUUUUUUUAUGCACUAAUAAUGUACAUACAAAUUGCUGACCGCUUAGUCUUAUUAGCUGCUCUUGAGAUAUUGCCCAUUGUUCCUGCUGUACAUUUGUCACUAUCUGCCAUUAUACUAGGGGGGAGGGGCACACUGAUUAUAUGCCAUCUUUAAGUAACAGGUUUUUAAAGCAACACCAAAUAGUUUUUUGUACCUUAAAAUAAUGUUUCCAAAAUUGUUUCAGUGGUUCAUCAACUCGUAACAGGGUGAGCGGCACUUCUGCAU